AUCAAACGACACUCAACAUGUCAGCGAAGGGGCUAGCAAGUCGGGAUAGCUUGAAAACUGUUUAAAUGUUGCUCGUGGACGAUAAAAUACGAAAAUGUCGCCUUGGUCGGAGCUCCAGACGGCUUAGUUCAACUGUGGGCAUCGCUUUUAUCGUGGAUAUAUGUAUAUAUUUUUUUUGGUACAACAUUCCCUAAGAGCGAGGAAAUGAGGAAGUCGCCCAGUCGCCGGACGAAUCUGGCUGCCUAGCUGUUAGCAGGAGUUCUUUGUUUUGUUUUGUUUUUUUUAUUUUAUUAUUAUUAUUCGAGGCGGAGCUUGGAUGUAAACAUGAGCUGAAACUGAGGCGGCUUCGCUUAAGAAAAAAAACAAAAGUUGAAUCAAACAUGCCGUCUUUACAGUGAAGAUUCUUGUUCAAUGUGUGUGACAUCACCAUAAGAACAACAAGACAGCCAUCGUGGACGUCAGAGUUUGCCUUUAUUUUUUUUUUUAGCACUAAACAAAAGGUGUUUUUUUUUUUUAAACAAAAAGAAAAAUGGGUAACUGUCUGAAGUCGCCAACGUCAGAUGACAUCUCUCUGCUUCAUGAGUCCCAUUCGGAUAGGGUGAGCGUCGGGGACGGGACGGAUCCAGACCUGGAACCACCUCCGCCUUACCAGGAGCAGGCCCACGUGCCCACGUACCAUCCCACACCCAGUCAGGCCCGUCUGGCCACCCAGCUGACCGAAGAGGAACAGAUCCGCAUCGCCCAGCGCAUCGGGCUGAUCCAGCACCUGCCCAAGGGCGUGUACGACGGCGGCCAAGAUGACUCAGAGAAGAAGAUCCGAGAGUGUGUGAUCUGCAUGCUGGACUUUGUGUACGGCGACCCGGUGCGGUUCCUGCCUUGCAUGCACAUCUACCACACGGACUGCAUCGACGACUGGCUCAUGAGGUCCUUCACGUGCCCGUCCUGCAUGGAGCCCGUCGACGCCGCCCUCCUCUCCACCUACGAGACCAACUGACGCCCUCCCGCUUCCCCCCCCGUCGAGCUCGCCUUACACGUGACCGCCCGUGAGUUUAGCUUAAAAAAAACAUCGACAAAAACAAAAAAAAAGGUUGGUUGUCGUCUUGCACUUUGAAAAAGAUGUCCGCACAUCUCCCGUGUGUCGCUAACAACGUUUUCAGUCGACUUUGUCGCGGAGAUGCGCGUGCGUUUAUCCGUUUGUGUUCGUUUGUCCACUCGAGCCGGUCUCAGUGGUCACCUCACACUUAAAUUAUUCGCCCAGAAUCUUAAAGCGUAUCACCAGAGCUCACACUUUAUUAGCAAUUGCCUAAUAUCUUGAUGCAAUAUGCUAUACUUGAUAUAUAGAUAUUUUUUGGGAGGGGGGGAGUAUUGUGCAUGUGUGUCAUUGGCAAGAGCCACUAUGAAUGUUUUAAGUUGGAAUGGAAAAACUGUAUGUAACUUCUUUUAUGUGAAGCCCCCUGACUCACUUCAUACAUACUCACUACAGUAAUCCCGCACUAUACCGCGGUUCACUUAUGACAGAUUCUUUUGGGAGGGGUUGAUCAAUAUAUACAGGAGGAUGAAUUUACAUCAAAAUAGUUUGUAUGAAAAACAAGAUGAUGUACUUAGCAUUACUGCUAAGAGGUGGAUGGAGAAGACGAAGAUGAGGUUGUGCUUGGCUACGGCGAAAGAACCUGGUCCUCAAUCAUCUCCAUCUCGACAAGUAUCAAAGAUUGUGAUCAUUGUAUCCGACAAAGGAACGGAACCCUUCACAUGCUCUAAAAUAUGUGCUUCGUCUUUAAUAAUUGUCACCACGGUCGACCGACUGAAGCCUCGGUGCUGUUGGUGUCUCUCCUUUCUCCAAUCUUUUCAUGAUCUUGAGCUUCGUUUCCACGGUCAUGGAUUUUCUUUUGGCUGCAGAAGCAUUGCUAAAAGACACAGCUUUCUUCUUUGGGGCCAUAAUGUCGAAAAAGGAGGGCGAGAGAUGCGAAGAUACUCCUGGUGCUAUGGAAAAGACAGACAGACGGACGGGGGACGGGCGCUGGAAAGUCGAAACGUCUCAGGUCGAGACCGUCUUAAACCGAGGACUUCCUGUAGUGCAGUGACUCAACUGCAAAUAUUUGGUUCAUUUAGCGUUUGUGGCUAAUUGACUGUAUUGUGGCAGCAAUGAUUGACAUGAGAACAAAUGGGAUUUUUUUUAUGUUGGAGAAAAAGAAGCGUUGUUGAGCAGUUUCAAAUCAAACAUUUGGUCACCUAAUAGGUUGCAUAAUAAUAUUGUGAAAAUGAACGGCAUAUUACUGGUUAACACACAAGCCACAGCGAGAAGUUCACAAUUACUAAAAUAAGAGCCUAGCCCAAUGUACAGUAAAGCAAAUGCAUACACACUCAACAAUAUGGAACAUGUUGGUUGGGCCAACAAUAUGGAGCAAAUUCAAGUAAAUAAUUUUUUACAACCGUUUAAAAGACCAGAGCAAGGAGUUCUUGGAAGCAGCACCAAGCCCGACGAUGCUUGGCGCUGCCUACAAUGCCGAUGAAGCACGUCUGAAAAAAAGAAAAUUCGUAAUGCAGUGAAUCCGUCAUAGGUGAAUCGCAAUAUAGCAAGGGAUCGCUUACAUAUCGUGUUGUUUAUCAUCAUUAAUUCCAUGAGGGAAAUAAACGGGUCGAAACUGCCAUCACGAGCGUGCACGGACAGACGUCGACGAGUUAACUGUGCAUUUGUACUCUGAACGCGAACCAAAACAGCAGCACCGACCAAAAACUGUCCUUCAGAUGAAUUUGAGUGUAAACAAGUUUUAAUGAAAGAUGAUUUUUGCAUUAUGUCGAGACAAAGACUAAAGUGUUCCGGUAAACGCUGUACAAUGUUUGCGCUGCCUUGAUUAUUUUCCCACAGUCGUCAUCGUAUUUUCUCGUCCAAACUCCACGUAAACUUGUUUUUAUUUUAAUUCCCCUGUUGAGUAAAUGAACACCCCCCGCCCCCGUUACAAAAAUGAAAGGAUGGAUUGGAACAUAUUUAGGAGAUAUAUAAAAUGCUGUUUGUUGUAAAAUAAGAGGAAUUUUGAAAAUGGCACGUACAGCAGCAGGAGGUCAGCCAGUGAAAAAGGGCUCAGGCGGAUCGCGAAGCUUGCGCGCACUUUUCAUCCGAUCCGCGGAUUUGCACUUUAGAACAGUAUGUAAAAACAUUGUAUCAUUAAUAUAUGUAGACCUUAUAAUAACCUUGCACUAUCAACACAUUGUUACUUUUCCCGUCGGCCCUGCUUUUGUGUGACAUUUGCUCUCGUCCUGUCAGUCACCGGUGACUAGACUUAUGAACGAACAAGCAAUGAUUCGGAUUCACUCGCGGGUGCGCUUGGGGAAAAAAAAAAAAAAGAAUCUUGCAUCAUAAUUUUUGCAUUUCAGAGUACAUAUUUUAUUCUGACAAGAAUUGCAACGCUGUGUACUUAACGCCGCUAUUUUGACUUACUGAGCAUGGCAUACAUGCCACAGUUUUACCCGAUCACGUACUCUUUUCCGCGGAUCGGGGCAUCUGGUAGUCGGGAGGAGCUUCGCGAUUGCUCAUGGGCGACCGGGACCGCGGCAGAGGAAUUGGAUAAAGGUUUCCAAGAGUCAAAUCAACACAUUGUGGCAAUGGGUAGGUUUCCAAAUACGCCAUCUUGUGUGUCACCACCACCCUUAAACCAAUCGGAUAAAGUAACGAAAGAAAAAAACUUAACGUUUCACCUAUCACCUGUGUUCUUUGAACUCUAUGACACACAAGAUGGCGUAAUUGGGAAACCUGUCCGUUGAUGAGAGCAACUCAGCUACUGCUAGCUGGCAGCUAGGAGGCUUCUGACAGCAGUUUUAGUCGAAGCAGAUGUUGCCAGUCAACAUGGAUUAGGCAUAUAGCACAGACAGCAGCGUAUCAUAGACCACGGGCGCCAUGAGGGAUCCUUGUUAAAGUAAGCCAUUUCCAAUUUUUGGGGAGGGAUAAACGCCAACCGCAAUCUUAUCAGUUGUCGCCGAAAUCUGCGAACCUUAACCAGGGCGCAUUGAUAGUUUUCAAAUGAAGUAAAAAUGUUUCAUUUGUUGGGCAACGAUCUCUUCAUUCCGUGAUGCUUAAAGGAGUAAUGAUUCGAUUGUGAUUCGCGAGUCAUUUGUUUCUGUCAACGCGAAUCACGACUGGGGAUUCAGACGGUGAGUGCGAGCACAACUGCUAAUAGUAAAAAGUAUUUUUCAUGCAAUCAUGUUUUAGUUACAGCUGGUUGUUUUUUUUUUUUCCCAUAAUUUUAUUUUUUUUUUUUGGGGGGGGGGGGGGGUUGCAUUAACGGUAGUUUAGACACACGAAUGCCUCACUGCGCAAACCUCUGUCCGAACCCAAAUCGUGUGCGUUACAAGUAUAGUUUUUAUAUCACUUUUUUUUUUUUUUUCCUUUUUCAGUGUUGUAACCAGUCAAAACACGGUGUUUCCUGUAAUCCCGUUUUAUUAUUAAGUUUGUUUCUCGGAACAAGAGCAAACCAGCCCUUGUGUGUAAAGGAAAAAAAAAUACAAUAAAUUUGGAAAGACCUUC